AGCAUUUGAAACUGAAAGUAAAAGUAGCAAUGAGCCAAACGGCAUUGGAGCUAACAGUUCAGUUAAAAACUGGCGAUUCUAAACAAUUUACCAAAUCAUGUGAUACAAAUAACACAUCUGUUACUCUCAACAGUUUACGUCAAAACUGCGUUACAUUGCAAAAGGAGGUUAACGAUUUCCUGACCACUCUGGUCGAGGAAGAACGAAGUGUUUCAAAUGUAAACAACGAAUCGAAAACAAACGAUUCGAUGGAAGAUGAUGAUCUCAGUGAUGAUGAUGACGACGAUGAGGAGGAGAACGACGAAGAAGACGGCGUUAAUUCUAGUGGUCCCAAGUGUAAAAGACUGAAACAAUAACAUAUAUUCAUUAUCAUUUUGUUUUACGCAUCAAUCCUGUCAUCGUUCUGAAAUUUUAUGUGAUAAAUCAUUUCAAAUUUA